GGGGUUGUUUUGGGCUUACACGUGGAGGUGGGUGUGGCGGUAAAUGUGCGCAGGCGCGGAGGGGACCCGGUGUAUCUAGAGUGCUAACCGGAGAAUGUGGCGGUGUUUCCGGCGGAGGAGUGAUGAGGUCGCACAGCGGGGACUCACACAGAGGAGGGGACAGAGAAAUGGAAGUGAUGAAGCCUCUGAUUGGAGAGGAGGGAAAUACUGAUGAGCUUUCUGAUGACGAGCACAGCACCCAGAGACAUUACCACCCUGACAAUGAGGAUGGCCUGACGUUUGUACAGACAUUGAUUCAUGUAUUGAAAGGGAACAUUGGGACGGGCCUCCUCGGUCUUCCUCUGGCCAUAAAGAAUGCUGGUAUCCUGUUGGGGCCAGUGAGCCUUUUGUUUUUUGGAAUCGUCUCCAUUCACUGUAUGAAUGUACUGGUACGCUGCAGCCACUUUUUAUGUCAAAGGUACAAAAGGACAAAUUUAGGUUACAGUGAAACAGUCGGGCUGUCAUUGGAAGUGGGACCGUCCAAGUUCCUCCAGCAGUACGCCUCAGUUGGGAAGAACGUAGUGGAUCUGGCCCUGGUGGCCACACAGCUGGGCUUUUGCAGUGUUUACUUCGUCUUCCUAGCAGAAAACGUGAAACAAGUGUUUGAAGUUUAUGGUGAAGGUCCCACGGAGCAUCCGGAGUCAGAAGAACGAAGGUGGAAUCUGGACCUAAGAUUGUACAUGAUAUGCUUCCUGCCACUCAUCAUUCCAUUGGUUUUUAUAGGGAAUCUGAAGAACUUAUCCAUCUGCUCUUUUUUAGCCAAUCUGUCCAUGGCUGUCAGCCUUGUCAUUAUUUAUCAGUAUGUUCUCAGGAAUCUUUCUGAUCCUCGUACUCUGCCUUUAACAUCCACUUGGAAGAAAUAUCCGCUGUUUUUUGGAACGGCCAUCUUUGCUUUUGAAGGCAUAGGAGUGGUUCUUCCCCUGGAAAACCAAAUGAGGGACAAGAAAGAGUUUUCAAAAGCUUUGAACAUUGGCAUGGCAAUAGUGACAGUUUUGUACAUCUCUCUGGCCACAGUGGGGUACCUGAGCUUCGGAGAUAAAAUCAAAGGCAGCAUCACUCUAAACCUUCCUCAAGAUUCCUGGGUGUACCAGCUAGUGAAGACUCUGUAUUCCUUUGGAAUUUUUGUAACCUACGCCAUUCAGUACUACGUUCCUGCUGAAAUUAUCCUGCCGCUUGUAACAUCAAGAGUAUCCAAAAAGUGGAAGCUAGCUUGUGAACUUGGCACGAGGACGCUGCUAGUUUGCAUAACCUGUGCCAUGGCGGUGUCCAUUCCACGUCUUGAUUUGGUGAUCUCCUUCGUGGGUGCGGUAUGCAGCAGCUCAUUAGCACUUAUCCUUCCGCCACUGAUUGAAAUUCUCACUUACUACAAAGACAACCUCAGCCCGCUCACAAUUGCGAAGGAUGUUUCCAUAGCAAUGAUUGGAUUUGUGGGUUUUAUCAUGGGAACCUAUGUGACAAUUGAAGAAAUUAUUUAUCCUUCUCAUUUACCGCUGCUAAAUGUUACAGAGAGCCCUUUAAAAGACUUCAACAGCACUUACCUAGGAUUCCAUUGAAUACUGUUGUCUAUGGGGAUGUUCCUAUUCCAGUGCCUUCAAACUCAGAAAGAGCUCAGGAUAUGUGCACAUUGGCGUCUUCUGAUAUAAUUAUUGAUGCUUUUUUUUUUGUUUUGUUUUUGGCAGAAAGGAAACUAAAACAACAUGCAAUUUUUUAGUUGUCUUUUUACAUUUUCCUUUGUUUCAUUUUUGUAUUCCUACUUGUUUUAAAACUUCCCUUUUCAUGCUUAUUCUGUGGGAAGCGGUUAUUUUAUACAUAUUUUCAGAGCCUUUUUUGUAAGUGAAAAAGGAACAACAAAAAAGUAAAGACUGAUAGCAAAUAGAAACAAAAAAAAA